GGCUUGUUGCUGCACGGGACGGGUGUUGCCAGACGUACCGAGGCAGGAAGGGCUGCGACCCCAGAAGGAUUGCGCAAUUUCCUCUAAAAAAAACUAUUUAUAGGGGGACCAGCCGGCCAGGAGCCCGUCCCCGACAGCAGCGGGACAGGUGCUGAGCUGCCCCUGCACAGCCCUCGCCUUCCCGCUGCGCUCUGCCCUGCGCUGAGCCAGCCCAGCUGACUGCACCAUCCCGAGAUGGCAGAAGGCAGACGCGACCCCCAGCCCGGGGACCUGAUCGAGAUAUUCCGGCCACUUUACCAGCACUGGGCCCUCUACGUGGGGGAUGGAUAUGUCAUCCACGUGACAGAUGAAGAAGCCUCAUCCAUUUUCCUUAGCAGCUCUUCAAUAAGUGCCACAAGAGCCAAGGUGAAGAUGGAGCUCCUGAAGGAUGUGGUGAAAAAUGAUAAUUGGCGUGUCAACAACAAGUUUGACCGCUCCCGCACUCCUCGCCCCGUGAAGGAGAUCAUAAGGGAUGCUGAGCAAUGGAUUGGCAAGGAGGUGUCAUAUGAUGUGCUUAAAAAAAACUGUGAGCACUUUGUGACAAUGCUCCGCUAUGGAAAAGGAGUCUCUGAGCAGGCAGAAAAAGCAGUUUUUGGAGGUGCUACAGCUCUCUUAGGAACUGCUCUUCUUGGAGCUCUUGCUGUUUUGAGAGUUGCAUUGUCUGGGGGCAAAUCCAAGAUAUAGUGCUACAGAUGGGCUGUCAAGCAGAGAUCAGAGCAAGGUGUGAGGAUCUCCUGGCAGUAGCGGUCAUUGCCCAGCUUUUGCUGUAAAUGCCAUCACGGCUUCCUUGCAACUGUGCCUACUUUACUGUAAAAAUUAAAGAAUCCUUCAUAAAAUGUCUGAAAGCUAUACUCAUAUUUCCCUGAAAUUCUCUUUUAUCUUUUUGAGUAUAGCUUUGUUUGCAACUUUAAAAAUUCAGCCUUGCUUCUCCCUGCCAUCCCAGUAAGGAAUAACAAAUCAAGAUUGUCACUAUUCAAGGUGAUCCCCAGCAGCUCGCACUUGCUUGCCACACGAGUUUUUACUUUAUUGUGUGUGAUGGUUUUGGUGGUAGUCUAGGAGGAAUUGCAAGCGAGUUAUCCAUUCCUUCCCCAUCCCACACACCUCCCCUCAAGUGCUUUGCCCAGCACUGGUGCUGGCUUUUCCUCCUGAUUUGAUCAGCUAGCUCCUGGAGGCUCAUUCUGUGUAUCACUGCAAUAAAAAGGAUUGCUGAGGUUUUA